CCGACAAAAUGAAGCUUUGGCACAAGGCGACCCGCUGGCGAAGACGCGGCUCCAAAUGCUCGGAGUUGGAGUCUCCGCUACCGAGGGCACCGGUACAGUCAGUUGGAAACCACAACAGCAAGAGUAUCGUUUGGCUCGUAAGCGAGCUUGACGGCAACACUUCGCGGAUCGGCGAGAAUCAACCCGAUGUCAACCAAGAGGAGGAGGAGGAGACAAAGGUUGAUCCAUCCCGACACUCCUACGGAGCCAUGGGGUUCGUUGCCGAAGAGCAGCGCCGGGGUGGGGACAAUGCCGACGAGAGACUGCUGAGAAAGCAAGAGUUGGUGCGCGCUGGCGACAAAGAGGAGAUACAGGAGCUGCGUGCCUCCUUGCUGCAGUUGCGCGAUGACCUCCGGAGGAGCGAGGAGAUGGCGGCUGCCCGGUUGAAGGUAGUUGAGGACGAAAAGGCUGCCUUGGAGGUGGCCUUACUGGCGGAGAGGGCGAAGACCGCGAGACAGCAGAAAACCAUGCAUUUCCUUCGGGAGACAAAUAUCGAGGCGCAGUCGUUGGAGACCGAGCUGCGAGACCAGGUGGAGACGUUGAAGAUAGCAAGUGGCCACGGCGAAGGGCGAUUUCAAACGAAAGAGGAGAAGGUCAGGAGCGGGUUGGCACGGCUGGUGGAAAAGGAUUUGCGGAAGCAGGUGGCCACGCUCGAGCAGUCAACCGGGCAGCAAGCGAACGAAAUUCGAGUUCUCUUGGCUCAGCUGCAGGUUCUGCAGCGGAACGGGGAACCGCACAUUGACAGUGUCUUAACGGUAGGGAGCACCCAGGGUGCAAAUGCCACGCUUAGUGCUCUAGGUGACAGCCAUCCAGAUUGUCCACGGCUACGCGCCGACUUCUUAUCCGGCUGGAGAACCCUGACUGGGCUCGCAAUAGAGCGAAUCUUCAGGAUCACGGUCCCCGCAGGCGUUGGCGAAACGCACGCCGGCUACGUACGGAGUCACGGGAAUGUCGUCCAGCGCUUCCAUGGAACCUCUUGCAGAAGCACGUGUAACUUUAUCAUCGACCCGAAGAAAGCUUCCCCGUGCGGACUGCAGGCUUGCAAGUUAUGCAACAUUUGUUUGCGAGGCUUCAAGCUCGGCAAGGCCUCCCGGCGGUUCGGACAGGGUGUGUACUUCAGUACCAAGCCCGCCAAGGCCAAUGGCUACGCUCAGGGGACAGAGAAAAAGGCAGAGGGAAGAGGGAAAAAGUUGCGAUGUAUCAUUGUGGCCGACGUGGCCAAAGGGAGGUCGUUCAUCACCAAGGACACCGGGUUUGACGGUGGCACCUACCCGCCAGUAGGCCAUGACUCCGUCCAGGCUGAGGUUGGAAAAGGGUUGGCCUUCGAGGAGCUGGUUGUGUACAAGGAGGAGGCCGCGCUACCGACCCAUCUAGUCGUCUACAGCCUUCCGUAG